UAGUUGUACCUCCACCCAAAACCCUCACUCAUUUUCCUUUUCCUCUCUCCCACAUCUCUUUUCUCCCCUUCCCUCCAUUUUCACUUCCUCUAUACUUUCCUUUCAAAAAAGCACUUAUUUACACAAACUCUCAUCUUCAUAACAUCAUGGACCAUCAACCUAACCCUCUUCUAAAUUGGGCUUACUUCUGCCAAGGAAAGUCAAUGGAGGAACUGAGACAAUCACUUCUAUACACAACCUUAGAGCUUGAACAAACAAGAACUCUAGCACAAGAAGAACUCACAAAAAAAGAUGAACAACUAACCAACCUCAAAGACCUAAUCAACAACAUCAUCCAAGAAAGAGACGAAGCUCAAGAGAAAUGCCAAAGACUUCUCCUAGAGAAUCUCCUCUUCCAUCAACAAAAUGCUCCGCUUUCCGGAGUUUCCAGCAUUGAAGAUGAACCAACUCCAAUCCCAACAAAAAGAUCAAUUGACUCAAACAACAAUGGUUGUCUCUCCUUGUCUUCAUCAGAUUGCGAAGAAAGCAUCGUUUCUUCGCCCGUUAUCAUCGACCAAUCCAUGAUCGAUAUCCUAACACCAACCAAACCAUUGCCUGAAAAAGGUAAACUUUUGCAGGCAGUGAUGAAAGCUGGCCCUUUGCUGCAGACCCUUCUCCUUGCUGGACCACUUCCUCAAUGGAAACACCCUCCUCCACCUCUUGAGUCCUUUGAGAUUCCACCUGUUGCCAUACCUCAGAUCCUCCAUCAAGAUUCAAUUUUUAGCUCCAAUAUUGAUACUACUAAUGCUAAUUCUCAGUGUGGAAGAGUAAAUAGGAAAAGGGUGUUUUUUGAUGACUCUGAUUCUCCUAAUCAGAAUAAGUACCAAAGGGUUCUACUUCACUGAUUUCUACUGAGUCAGAUUUUUACCAUAUAGUUUUUAAUUUAGUUUUAUAGUGCAAGUUUAAUUGAGUUAGGUAACAAAAAUUACCCGAGUUUCAACAAAAUUACGGUAUCUGGUAUCACUGUGAUACUGUCAAAUCAAAUUCACUGUGAUUCCAAACAUGGCAGAAUCAUAGGAUUUUUAAGGUUAGAGGACUAAUCUAAUAUAUGUAUAGUGUGUUUUUUUUUUUAAUGAGUAGGAAUCGAACUCGGUACUCUGAAGACCGGAGAUGAAGAAGAGGAAACAAAUUUGGUUUGAUUUAGGCUUUUUUUUUUUUAGGAGGAAAUAUUUGGGGUGAAGAGUUUGUGCAAUCUUCACAAUCUUACUUUUGCUUUUUGAUGCAAAAGAGGAUUUGAUUUUUUGUCUAAAUUAUUAUUGUGUAACAUUGAAAUGUUGUGUGUUGUGUUUGUGAGUGAGAUUGAUGUAUAGGAAGAGAUGAUGAAGAAUUAAGAGAAAAAUUGGGUGUGGAGUGGUUGGUUUGGGAGGUGAGUGUGACCAACAACAACCAAAAAGCUAAGGUCUUUGAGGUUUGUUUGUUGGUUUGGGGUGGACCCAAAAGUUAGAAUCAGUAUCUAUUACUGGUGUUGUCAUGUAUGAUUAUGUUAUGCUUUUGUUAGAUAAGUUAUGAUUAUUCAGAUCUUAACUUUUCUUUUUUGCAUCAACACAAAUAUUAAUCUCUAUA